UCUUUUUAGACAUUGUUUAACAGCCGAGCAGAGCAGAUCAGCUGGAUUAAAAGCUCCUGGUUCAGAUGGAUCCUUUCUAAUUAUUUCUGGAUAUUUCAUAUGAAUUUACCUCCUGGCUGACUCACUUUUUACUUUUCCUGGGCUGACUGCCUGCUGACCAAAGCAACAGAGUUUCCCAACUCACUCUUACCGACUGUUUUAAUGCAGUCUGGUAGAUAACACAGCUACAUCUUCUGAACAGACAGUGGUGAGACCGACAUGAUGCUGACCAUCGCUCUACUACUGAUGCAGUUGUUCCUCUCCAUCACUCCGGUCUCCUCCUCUCCUCUGACCAAGGAUGAAUCAGUGUGUGCUAGGACGUCCUGUGGUGCAGGCAGAGAGUGUGUGUCUACUGAGAGAGGGGAACCAGUCUGUCGCUGUUUGCAGAGCUGUGGUGACGCAGAGCACUGGGUGUGCGGCAGUAACAGCAGAUCCUACAGGAAUCACUGUGAGCUGCACAGAGACGCCUGCAUCACACACACCAAGAUACAUGUGGAGCACAGGGGCCACUGUGUGGAGAAACCCCCAAAGACAGAUGUGAGCCCCAUCGUGUGUUUCAUGUCUGAUCGUGACUGGCUGAGAGAGAGAGUGAUCCAGUGGAUUCAGGAGGAAGUACAAUUAGACAGUCCCGCCUUUAAUGUGUCCUCAACCGAUAAACUCUUGCAAACAUACUUCAAGACAUAUGACAAUGGGGAUUCAGAGCUUGAUUCUAAAGAGUUCCUGAGUUUCUUGAAACACAAUGAGACCGCCCUCAACCUCACCUACUCUAACACUGUGGAGACUAACAUGCUGCUCAGGUCCCUUUGUGUUGAUGCUUUGAUCGAGCUUUCAGAUGAAAAUGCAGACUGGAAGCUGAGUUUAACUGAAUUCAUCAACUGUCUGACACCAACCUACCAUCCAUAUGAGAGACAGUGUGCUCUGGAGGAUGAAGUGUUUGAGGACGGAGCUGAAACUCGGAUGGAGUGCAACAAGUGUGUGUGUGCGUGUGGAAACUGGGUCUGCACCGCCCUGACCUGCACAGGAGAACAUCAGGUAGAGGAGGAUGUAAUGGAAGGAGCAGAAGAAGAAGAGAUGACAGAAGAGGAGUGGAGCAGGAGAGUGGCUGAACUAAAUGCUUUAUAAGUGGAUGGUUAACACUGAACCGAUUUACCAGGAAAAUAAUAUAUUUUCCUAAUUAUCCACAAAUGUUAAAUUAUCCAUAAAUGACAUGCAUACAGUUACCACUUUACAACUUGCAAUGCUCCAUGUAUAAGACAUCAUCACGGCCACACAGGUGCAUAAUUAGAGGGGCUCUCUUACGUGAAUGUUGAAAAAAGCAACUGCAAGUCAGUUCAAACAUUUACAAAUAAACAAUUUGUGAUCAUUUGUUGCCAAAGUAUGGGGUAUAUAUUACCCUUUUUAUAACUUCCAACCAUAGACUGUAUAAAAUAUCAACGUAGUAUCCGUGACGUCACCCAUCUGUUUCUGAAGCGCUGUU